UGUCGCCUUCAAAUUUCACUUCGGGAGAAAUCCCAGUUACUGCAUAGAAACGGUGCUGUGGAAACGGAAUUUGGUAUUUGACUGGUGUGGGCCGGGGAGCCAGACUGACCCUUCGAGGCUAAGGCUUUCAGGACCCCGAAGCGACCCCCAUGUCCGCGAUAAUCCGCCCCCGUGGAAGGUGGUCCCGCGUUUAUACUCUGAGCGGGGAAUUGGUGAGGUAGUAGGGCUCCCUGAGAGGGCACUCCGGAGGGUGUGCACUGUCGGCGGUUGUCCGGGAAAGUUGAGGCCAGCCCGAGGCCUGGAAGAGGGGAGGACCGGUAGCUAGGCUCACCCUGCCCGGGCGCUGCACACCCCAAUCCACGGCAGCCUCUAAGUGGUGGUGCCCCAGGGACGACCCCCUUCCCACCGACACCCCCAUCCCCACACGCCCCUGUAGCCCUGCGGUUUCCCGCCUCGUCGCUUGUUUUUAGGUGUAAAAGGUGUCUCCGGAUCACAGCUUUCUCACAACAACUCGUCCGGGUUGCAACUCUUCACCCAAGGCGUUUCCCCACCCACUCUUGUCCCCUCCCGGGCGCCGCGCCUCCGGUCUCCCCCGCCCCCAUCAGGAAACCGCCGGAAUCAACUUUACAAGACAGCGCCGCGGGAAACAGACACCCAGAUCUCCCAGCGGCCGGGACCCCGUGGACUUCGGCUGGAUUGGGGGAGGGGGAACAGGAGGAAGGACCGGAGGAGGGAAAUUCUGCUGCCAAGGGCCCUCCCUUCACCACUCCCCCAAAGACGCGCACUGCGGUCGGGCCAAACUUCUAGGCCAAGAUAGCAAGAAGAAAGGGGGGGGGGGGAGGCCAACACUCAAUGAAUUACACUAGGGCCGCCGGGCUCCCAGUCCCAGUUGCACUCCAGUCUUCAACCAGGUUUGAUCUUGGAAUACGUCCACCCUCCAGCAGAACUGUUCCGCCUGACCUACUCCCGCGUCCCCACCGAAACCGAAGCCUUACCGGAGUAGGAGGGGGCCGGGGCACCUUGCAGCCCGCCGCGCUCACCGCGCCGGGCCGCCGAUGCGGCCGCCACUGAUCCUCUAAACGCGGUCUCCCCGCACUCUCUCCGGCCUGGGGAUGCAGGAUGGUUUACAGAGGGACCGCGAGCCGCUGAUUGGUCGCAGGCCGCGGUGACGUCGGCGGGCGCUGCAUUAAGGCGAGGGGGCUUCUAGAGCUCAGCCAACAGCCGGGAGCAGUGACCGAGCCGCCGGAGCCGGGGAGAGACGCGCCGGGACGGCGGACUGAGCCAGGAGACCAGGGACUGAGGGACGCUUGUCCAGGGAGAGCCAGCCACGCACCGCGGCCCGGGCGGCGACAGCGGCGGCCGGUGCCGAGCUGUUCUGGCCGCGCAGAACUAGCCGCUGCAACCAGGACGUUUUAAAAAGCGCUCUAAGCUACUCCCCCUCUUCCCGACUCCUCCCGCUGCAAAAGAAAAAAAAAAAAAAAAGGAAAGAAAGAGGCUAGAAAGGAAGCCCAGAUUUGCCACCACAACGAAAAAAAAGAGGGGACAAGAAAAAGAAAAAGUCGAGCGACUGUGGGGUUGGACGCCGGCAGCCGGAGCGUGGGCCAGCGAUGCGGGGCUGCGUGCCCAGGCGGCCGCGAAUUGUGACUGGAGCCACGAUGCACCGCCAAGCGCGGUGAGGAGCCGGCCCGAAACACCUCCCGACGGAGUCUGGGCGCUGGGAGGGCGGUCCCGAGAACGCGGAGGCCGCCAGGCGGGCCCUGGGCCGAGGUGACGGGGCUGGGGCGGUGGGAAGCUAGCGAGCGCGCCCGGCGGCGACCUCCCGGAGUGGUCCCCCUCCUUUCUCGAUUGACACAAACACUUCUCCAAAAGGGGAGAGACCUGAGCAACAACAACAGUCAACUACGAGAUCUUCCUCCUGCCCUCCCCUCCGCCCCUCCUCCCGCGGUCUGCCCCCGCCCCCUCCCCCGGCUCACCCCGGGCGCCCAGCACGUCCCGACCCCGCUGUGCGAUGCCUGCAGUUUAGGAUCCAAAGCUUCUCUACUCGUUUUGUUCUUUUCUUUUAUAAAAAGAGGAGGGGAAGUCCGGUGGCGGGCAGCCGGGCACACACACAACCCGCCCUCGCACCCCGACAAAAGCAGAUGCACCUUGACUUCUGACAGCUCUACCUCAAGCCCGUGAGAACUCCCUGCAAAUAGCUCGUCGCGUGCGUCGCCCUCCUGCUUCCCCGUUUUAUUUAUUUAAUUCGUUACCCUCACCGUCUCGGUGACCUUCACUCCUCCGCGGGUUCUGGGCAGAAGAGUCGCUUUCGCACCCGCCGGAGACUCUUUUCCUCACCCCAGGAGCGGUGGUGGCGCUGCUGGGCCCCGGGCCUUGGGACUCCCAGGCUGCACACCACCGAGGCGCCCAGUUUGCCUCGUCCGUCCCCCUCCCCCACCCCCAUUUUGAUUUCCUGGUGCGGAUUUCGGCUGGCACCGCCGUGUGUGUCUCCUCUUUUUGGAGGGACUGGGGAGCUCCUUUCGGGAGUCAACCCCUCUGCCCUACCUGCUCUUCUCUCUCCGGGCCUCACCCGACUAAACCAAAGACCAUGGUGCACUGUGCCGGCUGCAAAAGGCCCAUCCUGGACCGCUUCCUCUUGAACGUGCUGGACAGGGCCUGGCACGUCCAGUGCGUCCAGUGCUGUGAAUGUAAAUGCAACCUGACCGAGAAGUGCUUCUCCCGGGAAGGCAAGCUCUACUGCAAGAACGACUUCUUCCGGUGUUUCGGUACAAAAUGCGCAGGCUGCGCACAGGGCAUCUCCCCUAGCGACCUGGUGCGGAGAGCGCGGAGCAAAGUGUUUCACCUCAACUGCUUCACCUGCAUGAUGUGUAACAAGCAGCUCUCCACCGGCGAGGAGCUCUACAUCAUCGACGAGAACAAGUUCGUCUGCAAAGAGGAUUACCUAAGCAACAGCAGCGUCGCCAAAGAGAACAGCCUGCACUCGGCCACCACGGGCAGUGACCCCAGUUUGUCUCCGGACUCCCAAGACCCGUCGCAGGACGACGCCAAGGACUCGGAGAGCGCCAACGUGUCGGACAAGGAAGGGGGCAGCAAUGAGAAUGACGACCAGAACCUGGGCGCCAAGCGGCGAGGGCCACGCACCACCAUUAAAGCCAAGCAGCUGGAGACGCUGAAGGCUGCCUUUGCCGCGACGCCCAAGCCCACGCGCCACAUCCGCGAGCAGCUGGCUCAGGAGACGGGCCUCAACAUGCGCGUCAUUCAGGUCUGGUUCCAGAACCGACGCUCCAAGGAACGGAGGAUGAAGCAGCUGAGCGCGCUGGGCGCCCGGCGCCACGCCUUCUUCCGCAGCCCGCGCCGAAUGCGGCCGCUCGUGGACCGUCUGGAGCCGGGCGAGCUCCUCCCCAACGGGCCCUUCUCCUUCUAUGGAGAUUACCAGAGCGAGUACUACGGGCCCGGAGGCAACUACGACUUCUUCCCGCAAGGCCCCCCGUCCUCGCAGGCUCAGACACCCGUGGACCUACCUUUCGUGCCAUCGUCCGGGCCGUCCGGGACGCCCCUGGGCGGCUUGGAGCACCCGCUGCCGGGCCACCACCCGUCGAGCGAGGCGCAGCGGUUCACCGACAUCCUGGCGCAUCCCCCGGGGGACUCGCCCAGUCCCGAGCCCAGCCUGCCCGGGCCUCUGCACUCCAUGUCGGCUGAGGUCUUCGGGCCGAGCCCGCCCUUUUCGUCGCUAUCGGUCAACGGCGGGGCGAGCUAUGGGAACCACCUGUCUCACCCUCCCGAAAUGAACGAGGCGGCCGUGUGGUAGCCGGUCCGCGGAGUUCGUGGUUGUACAGAAAUGAACUUUUAUUUAAGAAAAAUAGAAAAAAGAAAAAAAAUCAUAAAAAUCAAGUCACACACCCCCCCCAUUACCACCACUUUCCUCCAGCCUCGGGGACCAUUUUCCGUCUGGGGAGACUGGAUGGGAAAGGGAAACAUGACAUAGGAUUGAAAUCUGCCUGGAGGUAGGACUGGGAUCCGCCAGCUGGCUGUCCCGGUGCAGGACUGGGCUUCCUAAGGGAAACACAGACCUCUCCUCGCCUCCCACCUUGACCCGACUCUGUGGACAGACAGCGCGGGCGUGCGAGUCUGGCCGGUGGGCGGCACAGGAAUGACCACAGCGGCCUCCGGGGUGCACAGCUCAGUGGUGACGCCAGGAGGGAGGCUGCGCCCACAGCCGGGCUCGGGCUUUGGAGGAGAGAGGUCCUCGGCGCUCCCAGGCCAGCCCAGGGGGCUCUGGCUGUGGGAAACCUAAUAGUGUUGGUCUCAGUUCAGCAACAGCGACAACAAACUUAAUAGCUUCAGAAACGUCGACCUGCUGUGCAUCAGGUGGGACUAUAUAUAUAUAUAUAUAUAUAUAUAUUUUGUCUCUCUGGGUUUUUUUGUUUUGUUUUGUUUUUGCCAAAAUUGCAAAAUUCUAAAUGUAAAGCCCUCAGUAUCAACUCUUCUACCUUCACAAAGCUCUAUACACCUAUACACACAGACACACUGGAUAGGACGGUCUCCAGCCAGACCUCUCAGUAAAAUGACUUGAACAUCAUCUGUACAAGAAAAGUAUUCUACUUUCACACACACACACACACACAGAGUUUUAAAAAAGACUAUUGAACUAAAAACAGUCAACUGUUUACGUAUAAUGUUAAAUUCAGGAGUUCAGUGUUUUACUAAUACAUCCUGUUUUGAAACCUCUUGUUCAAAAACAAAACGUUUUGAGCAGUCAACCAAAAUUGUUCAUUUUCUUUUCCUGUAGAUGUUCUGACAGAUUUGCAGGGCUCGCAGCUCACUGUGCUAGUAUGUAAAAAGGUGUUUACACAAGGCAAAAAGAAAACACGAUAUUCAGACACUUGCCAAAUAGAAUAAUUAUAGCACAAAUACUGUAAAGGUGCCUGGCACCACAACCUGAGAAAGUGUUAAAAAAAAAAAAAGUGUUACAAGGUUUAAGGAAAAAAAAACAAAAAACAUCUUUGCUAAUUUUUAGUCCUGUUGAACAUUCAUGGAAUUGUUAAUAUGACUUAUAUAGACCCACACAGGUUUUAUUUUUGUGUCUUUAAAAUAAAAGUCCAAAAUAUUUAAAUUUUAUGGUCAAAUAUGCAGUCAGCAGCUGCUACUUUUUUCUUUAUAUAUUAAAUUUCUCAUAUGUCUUUUAUUGUUCUGAUAAACCUAAGCUUGUGUGACCUCCAGUGCAUAUUAGACCAUUCACUGUAUGAAAGAAAACAUGAUGUUGAAUAAAUUUGUGAGUUUUUAAUAAAAAUAGAAAAUCUGAUGUUUAGAUAAUCGGUGUGUUAUUUGAUGUUUUAAGAACUAGAAGGGAGGCAAGAUGGGGAGCCGAAUGACCCCUUAGAAGUGAGGCAGGACUGAGCUCUCUGCUUUCACCUUGGUUGUGGUUGAACCCCAUUGCUAAUGCCAGCCAAGUUUUCUCCAUGGCUUCCUGCUGUUAUUAACUACAGAUUUGCAUUCUGGGGAUUUAACUGGCACAGUUGAAGAGAUCUUUGCUGAUAAGUUAAUAU